AUGGCUCCUCUGCUGUUCAGGGACAUGAAGGGGCUCUCGUGCUCGUCUCCGGCGUCCACGGCGAUAUGCCCGAGCCUGGAGCGGCAGCCGAUGGUCCGGUCACACAAGGCCAUUGCUAGUCCCAGUCCCAGUCCCAGUCCCAGUCCCCUGGCUCACGUUCCUUCCGAGCCCAGGACACACCGGCACGACGGCAAGAAAGGGCAGCAGCAGCAGCAGCACAAGGCUGUCGUCGUCCCUAAUAACACCGGUGGCCUCAUCAGCCCGGCCGGCUCGUCCAGGUACUUGCUGAGUAGCGGCCGCUUCGCCGCCACCGUCACCGAGGAGAUCCAGGAGGUGGUGGAGUCUGCCCCGGCCCCGGCCGUCGAUGCCAAGCGGGAGGAGGCAAGUGAAGCUGCUGAUGCGAAAAGCGGCGCGCAGGCGCAGGAGCAGGUGGUUGUGCUCAAGGUAUCCCUGCACUGCAAGGCAUGCGCCGGGAAAGUGAAGAAGCACCUCUCCAAGAUGGAAGGCGUGACGUCGUUCAACAUCGACUUCGCGGCGAAGAAGGUGACGGUGGUCGGCGACGUGACGCCGCUGGGCGUGCUCAACAGCGUGUCCAAGGUGAAGAACGCCCAGCUAUGGGCGGCGCCGCCGGCGAUAGCCGCCUGA